GUACAACCGUCAAAACAGCCAAGAACUGAUCAACCUUCUCUUCCUUCUGCCAUUCACCAACCGCAAUGACUUGAGACUUCUGUUGUUGUUUGCAAUGCUAGAUUCAGUAAUGUUAACUUUGAUAUUGUGCGUUAUAAAAACUACUUUAUAUAUGUGCAACAAAGAAAGAAUAAUACUCACACGGCAGCAAGAGCACCUUUUUUCGAGUGACGGACCCGCUUUAUACACAAAGGGAGGGCAUAAAGAGCUUGCUACCGUUCAGGUCGUACCUGUCCGUUCAUUCCACCAUUCACCAACCGCAAUUGUUUGAGAUUUGUGUUGCCCUA